AUGAUCUUUAGCAAGGCCUUCGCGGCCGUUCUUACAGGCGCUGUCCUUCUCCUCCAGGAUGCGAUAGCACACUCUGUACAGCGGAGUCCGCUGUCAUACACCACACGCAUCGAUGACGCCGUAAUACAGACGCCUUCUCGCCGGGUGCAUGCGCACACCCCAUUCGCCGUUACCUUUGUCCUCCAUCGCGGAGCGCAGAAGGUCCGCCUCUCCCUGGAGCCCAAUCAUGACAUUUUCAGCGGCGAUGCGACGAUACAGUAUAUUGAAGCCGAUGGUUCAGUACGCAAAGCCGCGCCUAUCGAUAGGCGGGAGCACAGGGUAUUUCGGGGCGAGAGCUUCGUCCAACAGGAGGGGCAGUCGGAAUGGAAGCAUGUAGGCUGGGCUCGGAUUAACGUCCAGCGCGAUGGGAGUAGGCCCAUCUUUGAGGGUGUCUUCACGAUUGAUGGCGUCAACCACCAUGUUCAAACAGCCAAGAAGUUCCGCCAGACUUCGGUUAGCGGGGAUCCGGAACUUGACGGGACCAGCGACGAGGACAUGAUUGUCUGGCGGGAUACCGAUCUCAAGCCAACGGGCCACGACGAACUCAAGCGUGAUUUGGAUGACCACGCAAGGUGCGGUGCAGACACCCUCAUGUACAACAGGGACGAAAACAAUAUCGUAUAUCGCUCCAUCGACGAAAGCGCCCAAGAGACGACUGCCUGGGAGUUCAGCCCAAAGUUUCUGUUUGGACGUCAGAUGGACUCGACUACUGGUGGCAACGGUGCUGGUGUCAACUUGGCCAACUCGAUUGGAUCAACGGCCGGCUGUCCAAACACGAGGAGGGUUGCUCUGGUCGGUAUCGCUACCGACUGCACUUAUACCGCCGACCUAGGGUCUGAGCAGGCCGUCACGGAUAAUGUUAUUCAGCUCGUGAACUCUGCCUCGCAACUUUACGAGAGCACCUUCAACAUAACCUUGGCCAUUCAGAACCUAACCAUCAGCCCGGCUGCAUGCCCCAAUUCGCCUCCGCCGUCGGCUCCCUGGAACACGCCAUGCAGCGAUAGCGUCGGUAUCGAGACCCGUCUCAGCUUGUUCUCACAGUGGCGAGGCCAAUGGCAAGAUACCAACGCCUAUUGGACCCUUCUGACCAAGUGCAGCUCUGGUCCUGCCGUCGGCUUGGCCUGGCUAGGCGCCGUCUGUCAGGAGGGAUCGUCGACACGGGGCAACGAGACGAGCGCAUCCGCAAACGUCGUCGCCCGCACAUCGACUGAGUGGCUGGUAUUUGCCCAUGAGACGGGCCACACGUUUGGAGCAGUCCAUGACUGUGACAGUCAAUCGUGCUCAGACGGCACCGCCACAAGACAGCUGUGUUGCCCCUUGACAGCCGGCACAUGCGAUGCCAGGGCGCGAUUCGUCAUGAACCCGUCGACCGGCAACGGCAUCACCCAGUUUUCACCUUGCAGCAUAGGCAACAUCUGCAGCUUCCUCGGCCGCAGCUCCAGUCGUGUAUCUUGCCUGAGCACCAACAGAGGUGUCACUACUUUCACCGGCAGUCAGUGCGGUAACGGUAUCGUUGAGCAUGGCGAAGAGUGCGACUGCGGCGGAGAGGAAGGCUGCAGAGGCAAUUCCUGCUGCGACCCCAAGACUUGCAAGUACACGGCCAACAGCCAAUGCGACCCGACCAACGAGGAGUGCUGCACCGGGCAAUGCCGCUUCAUGAGCCAGGGUAGCGUGUGCCGCGCCAGCACCGGGCCCUGCGACCCACAGGAGGUGUGCCCGGGCACCUCGGCGAGCUGCCCGGCCGACCAGAGCAGUCCAGACGGUGAGAGUUGCGGCAAUCCAAGCGACGGACUGACGUGCGCUUCGGGCCGGUGCACGUCGCGGACCCAGCAGUGCAGGACCUACGUGGGCGGGAGCGACUCGGCCAGCAACGACACGAGCACAAACUCGUGCUCCGACACGGGCUGCAUCAUGUCGUGCUCGUCCCCCCGAUUCGGCGAUCUCCAGUGUUACAGCAUGGUGCAGUACUUCCUCGACGGCACCCCCUGCGAAGGCGGCGGCAAAUGCUCCAAUGGCAACUGCGAAGGCGUCUCGCUCGGCCGGCAGAUCACCGACUGGAUCAAUAACAACAAGGAGAUCUUCAUCCCCGUCGUGUCGGUUGUCGGCUCCAUCAUCCUCAUCUGCAUCAUUUGCUGCUUUUGGAGCUGCUUCAGGGGCCGCCGCCGUUCCCGUCGCGUGGUGCCCAAGCCAGCGUCGCCCUAUGGUUGGAGUGCUCAGUACUUUGGCGCCCCGCCCCCUGCUGCUGCUGCUGUACCCGGUAGCAGCGGUGCGGCACCCCCCAUGCGGCCCGGCCAGGCUUAUGCUCCGCUGCCGCCGCAGGAUGCCCGGUUCGAGCCCAUGAGGACGAGGAGUUUCCGAUAUGCGUAA